GGAGGAUAUAAGAAUAUUGUGAAAGGAGAAAUCGAAAUUACCCGCCAUGGAAAACGAGAGAUGGCAUAUCGAAUCGUAUGCAAUGAUAUAGAUGGUCGAAGAGGCAUCCGGGAGACUCGGUGUCGGCCAUAGUAGAAAUGGCGGGUGUUAGCUUACGUGAAUGACGGCGAUCGUGCUCAAGAUUAUUAUCGAAAAGCAAGUGUUCUGUGUGUGUUUUGCGACACGGGAACGAUACCUUAGUAUCAUAUGAUUCAUCUGGAAGGUAAAGAUGCAGAAUGUAGCACAAGGAACAACCUCGGAUAGUCAGAAGCACGAGAAAUCAGCAAGCGUUCACCACGACAUUGGAAAGACGUCGUCGACUCCCCAGUCUUCGAAUUCCAGCCCUACCAAGUCAGAGACGGAAACCUUCUCCGAAUUGCAGCCGCGCUUUAUGGCAGACUCGUCGGAGAGCGAAGAGGACAGUGUUUCAGAGGUAAACCGAGUCAAAAAAACAUGCCACAUCGUGAAUAAGGUGGAGUGUUUUGCAAUUGAUCAGGUUGAAUUAGACGAAGGUCAUCAUUUAGAAUCGUCCAAGCUUCUGUUAACUUCUGAAGAUCCAGAGAGAUCUGUGGAUCCUGAAACUCAGGCUCGAUUAGAAUCGUUGCUGGAAGUAGCUGGUAUUGGCAAGUUGUCAUCAGGCGAUGGGAAGCACUUGCCUGAUCACGAAGUGCUCCGUCGCAUAACAUCUAGUGUUUCUUGUGCAUUAGAUGAAGCAGCAGCUGCAUUGACUCGUAUGCGCAGCGAUAAUCCACGCACACAAAACGAAAAGCGCUCUCUAGUAGAGGCUUGCACUGACGGAGACGUAGGUACUGUUAGAAAAUUAUUAACAGAAGGACGCAGUGUUCACGAGACUACAGAGGAGGGAGAGAGUUUGCUCUCUCUCGCCUGUUCAGCUGGAUAUUACGAACUUGCUCAGGUACUUUUGGCAAUGAGUGCAAACGUGGAGGAUCGUGGCAUAAAGGGGGAUUGUACCCCUUUAAUGGAGGCUGCCAGUGCAGGGCAUGUAGAUGUUGUAAGCUUGCUUAUUGCGCAUGGAGCUGAUGUUAAUGCUCAAUCUACUUCAGGUAAUACACCUCUUAUGUAUGGCUGUGCGGGUGGUCACGAAGAGGUAGUGCGAGUAUUAUUAGAAGCAGGUGCCAAUGUUGAAGAUCAUAAUGAAAACGGUCAUACACCUUUAAUGGAAGCAGCUAGUGCUGGACAUGUUCCAGUAGCUAAGAUCUUGCUAGAACAUGGCGCUGGAAUUAAUACUCAUUCUAAUGAAUUUAAAGAAUCCGCGCUAACACUAGCCUGUUACAAAGGUCAUUUGGAAAUGGUUCGCUUCUUAUUAGAAGCUGGCGCAGAUCAGGAGCACAAAACUGAUGAAAUGCACACUGCCCUUAUGGAAGCAUCAAUGGAUGGUCAUGUAGAAGUAGCUCGUUUGCUCUUAGAUUCAGGUGCCCAGGUGAAUAUGCCAACAGACAGUUUUGAAUCUCCAUUAACUUUGGCUGCUUGUGGAGGUCACGUUGAUCUGGCUAUGCUCCUGAUUGAACGAGGAGCUAAUAUCGAAGAAGUAAAUGAUGAAGGUUACACCCCAUUAAUGGAAGCAGCACGUGAAGGUCACGAAGAAAUGGUUGCUUUACUUUUGAGUCAAGGGGCGAACAUCAAUGCUCAAACCGAAGAAACACAAGAAACAGCACUUACUUUAGCCUGUUGCGGUGGCUUUCUAGAAGUUGCUGAUUUUCUAAUUAAAGCAGGAGCUGAUAUUGAAUUAGGUGCCUCUACUCCUCUAAUGGAAGCUGCACAGGAAGGUCAUUUAGAACUCGUUCGUUACUUACUUGAAUCUGCGGCAGAUGUCCACGCUCAAACUCAAACAGGAGAUACUGCAUUAACGUAUGCUUGUGAAAAUGGUCAUACCGAUGUUGCGGAUCUCUUACUUCAGUUUGGUGCUGAUCUGGAGCAUGAAUCAGAGGGAGGAAGAACACCGUUGAUGAAGGCAUGUAGAGCCGGCCAUCUCUGUACAGUUCAGUUUCUUAUAACGAAACGUGCAGACGUUAAUAGGCAAACAACCAAUAACGAUCACACUCCCCUCUCGCUAGCUUGCGCUGGUGGACAUCUUGCAGUUGUAGAACUUUUACUUGCUCAGUCUGCUAAUCCGUUUCAUAAACUGAAGGAUAAUUCUACGAUGUUGAUAGAAGCUGCAAAGGGUGGGCAUACUAGUGUAGUUCAACUUCUAUUGGAUUACCCUCACAGUAUUAUGAUGAGUACACCGCAUAAUGCAACACCUACACCUAUGUUGCUCCCACAACAACAGCAGCAGCAGCAACAGCAGCAGCAGCAGCAACAACAAUCACAUCAACAACAACAGCAGCAUAUUACACAUCAGCAGCAUGUGCCCCAUCAACAACAUGCAUCUACGCAGCCACAGUCACACCAACAACAGCAGCAACAUGCUGCCGAUCAACCACAAUCGCAAAAUCUUCAACCUAAACACAAUACACAAAAAUCGUUACUAAGAAAAAACCGAUCCGUAACGAUGAUGCCAGAUACAAGUCUUACUUCCGCUGAGGCGCAACAAGUUCGUUCUCAGCCCGCAGGAGAAUCAAUUGUAACCACGAAAGAUGAUACCAAUAUUCUGGAUAAAGGUAGUGGAGGAUUUACCAACCUUUCAGAACCUAAUAUCAGCCUCAGCCCUGCUCCAGCGCCAACACCAGGGUUGAAUGUUACGGAUAGCCGAAAGAAUACUCGACAAGAGCAGAUCCUACAUAAGCAACAAAUUUUUGAAGAAUUACAAAGGGUAGAGAGAGAACUUCAAAUUAAAGGUCCGGGACAUUGGUUCUGUAGUGCAAAGAAUCCUGUUGUAACUCAACAACAGCAACAGCAGCAAGAAGAUUCUAGUGAUCCAGAUACAUUAUCAUCAGGUUUAGUUUGCAGUACAAGUGGCAUGUCCGGAAAUUCAUUAAGUCAUCAAGGCACCAGCCAAGCGAUGUCACUGUAUAAUGCAUUUCUUAGAGGAAAACGAAUUGCACAAGAAGCUCAGUUAUCCUUAGCUCCAACCAUAUCGGAAACUUUUCCCACGACAAACGCUUUCCCUACAUCUCCUCCUCUUUCUCUUGCGACGAUACCUGUUACAUCGUCCGUUCCAUUGGCUACUUCAAAUACAUCUUCAACAACUACGCCAAGUCCUCCAAGUAUAUCCACCCCUCCCACCGUUAUGGCAGUUUCCCAACCCAUUACCGCGAGUAGUGAUGUUAGCCAGAAUACUGCUAUAAGCGAUCGCCCAAAAGCGAAACCUGUCUCUAAAAAAGAAGGUAAAAAUAUCCGGAAAGCUUCGUCCAGUGUAAUGGCCGGAAAGUUGCAACAACAGCAGCAACAACAACAACAAGCUAACUUGAUGGCUGGUCUUCAACAGCAAUACCAGCAAAAACAACGACAACAUACUUAUCAAGUCCAACAGGUACACCAACUGCAACAGCUGAACCAACAAUUGCAGUUACAAUUGGAUCAAGUGCAGGUACAGCAACAACAGCAACCACAACAGCAAGCUCAGCAGCAGCAGCAGCAACAACAACAUCAACAACAGCAAUCACAAUCACAGCAACAAACUGGAGUAGUAACUGCUAAUGGAAAUAACAUACUUAUGCCCACUCAAUUAAUGUCACAUCUUCAUCCAACGCACACCCAUCAUCUUCAUGAUCAGCAAACAACUCAACAAAAUCUAACGGAGCAGGCAGAUCCUGACUUAGCAAGAUUACAUCGAGAUGGAGCUUGUCCCUUUGUUGCUGCGGCUCAAAAAGCAAAGGCUCUUUGUACAAGUGAAAGUGUUAUAAAAUUAGAAGAUGGCACGCAUAUUCCUUUGGAUGAUGCUUUUGAAAUUUUUCGAUCUAUUAGUUUUGACGAUACUGUUGAUGUAGCAACGGAAGAUCAAGAAAAGCUUGAAUUGAAAAGAUUAGAAGUGACAAAUGGUAAGGAUUCUCAACAGCAACAACAACAACAGCAACAACAGCAGCAGCAGCAGCAACAUUUGCAAACCACGCAAAUAGUUCAACAAACAACCAGUCCUUAUACUUCUCAAGAGUAUUUUACCAAUCCUGUGUUACCAACUUUGCCUUCGCUUCAAGUAACUAGUGCUGGUGUUCAAAUACAAGCUGAUAUAUCAGCAGGUUUGCAGUUAACUGGUCCACAAUCCCUACAGAGUCAAGCAUUUAAAGACGGAUAUUUGGAAGGUUUUCGAACACAUUUUCAACCACAAUUGUUACUGCAAUCCUCCCAGAUAACAUUUCCAACACAAGCUUUGCCAACUGUAAGCGAAGCAACAGGAAUAAUAGAUAGUAUAUCCCAUCAAACAAAUGGUUAUGCUCAAUCAACAACCUGUAGUACUAAUCAGGUUCAAGUGGCUACUCAAACCCAAGCGCCAGCAACAACAACUGCUGCAACCAUUGUUGCUUCAGAUAAAAAACAAGUUUAUACAGCUCCAACGACCGGUAAAGGAAAAAAGGGACGAUAUCCACUUCUGUCACAACAACCAUCAUGUCAACAACAACAACAACAAACUGCCAAUACCCAACAGCAAACUCCCAAUUUUCCCAGCCAGAAUUAUCAAUUGGACCCAACGACAGUUGCUGGUCAGUACACAACAGGUGUUCCAACAGUUGGUGGUUAUACUACUAGUCAAGUACCGCCUGCAUCAUUUUCUUGUAUGGACGUGGAUUCCGAAACUGACAGUAACCAUGAUACAGCUUUGACAUUGGCAUGUGCUGGUGGUCAUGAAGAACUCGUUGAACUUUUGUUAAGUCGUGGUGCCGACAUAGAACAUAGAGAUAAAAAGGGAUUUACUCCGCUUAUAUUGGCAGCAACAGCAGGUCACCAAAAAGUGGUAGAAAUACUUUUGAAUCAUGGAGCUGAUAUAGAAGCUCAAUCUGAGCGCACCAAGGAUACACCUUUGUCUCUUGCCUGCAGCGGUGGUAGAUACGAAGUGGUAGAGCUUCUCCUUAAUCGGGGUGCUAAUAAGGAACACCGUAAUGUUUCUGAUUACACACCUUUGAGCCUUGCAGCAUCUGGUGGAUACGUUAAUAUAAUAAAGCUUCUUCUUAGUCAUGGUGCUGAAAUUAAUUCCCGGACUGGGUCAAAAUUAGGUAUUUCUCCACUCAUGCUUGCAGCCAUGAAUGGUCAUGUUGCGGCGGUCAAGCUAUUAUUAGACAUGGGCAGUGAUAUAAAUGCUCAAAUAGAGACUAAUCGUAAUACGGCGCUAACGUUGGCAUGUUUUCAAGGAAGACACGAGGUCGUUAGUCUUCUUCUCGAUCGAAAAGCUAACGUAGAACAUCGAGCUAAGACCGGAUUAACACCGUUAAUGGAAGCGGCUAGUGGAGGAUACGUAGAAGUUGGACGUGUUUUACUUACUAAAGGAGCAGAUGUUAAUGCUACUCCCGUUCCAUCAUCUCGCGACACUGCCCUCACUAUUGCUGCUGACAAAGGACACUGCCGUUUUGUAGAAUUAUUAUUGUCAAGAGGAACGCAAGUAGAGGUGAAGAACAAAAAAGGAAAUAGUCCAUUAUGGUUAGCGGCAAAUGGAGGGCAUUUGAAUGUUGUUGAUUUAUUGUAUCAUGCUGGAGCAGAUAUUGAUUCGCAAGACAAUCGAAAGGUUUCUUGUUUGAUGGCCGCUUUUCGUAAAGGACAUAUUAAAGUUGUUAAGUGGAUGGUAAAUCAUGUUACUCAAUUUCCAAGUGACCAAGAAAUGACGAGGUAUAUAGCUACCGUCAGUGACAAGGAACUCUUAGAAAAAUGUCAGGAAUGUGUGAAAGUUAUACGUGCGGCAAAGGAAACUCAAGCAGCAAAAGCAAAUAAAAAUGCAACGAUACUAUUGGAAGAGCUUGAUAUGGAAAAGACGAGGGAAGAGUCGAAAAAAGCCGCGGCUGCUCGCAGGAGAGAGCGAAAGAAAAAAAAGAAACUUGAGAAAAAAGAGGAGAAACGAAAGUUACACGAAGAAUAUAAGAAAAAUGAAACAAAUUAUGAAGAUAAAGAAGAAAAUGGGAAGAAAUCCGGAGACGAGGAAUGCGAUAGAGCGGAUGAUAGUGAACACGAAACUGGAGACAGUUGUGAAAGAAUGGACAGUAUGCCAUCACCGGUUAACAGAAGUCCGGAAGAUCCUUACAGAGAGGAAGGCGAUAGCGGAAUCGAUGCGAAUAGUCAAGGCAGCUGUAGUAGUAAUGACGUCAAAGCUAGAGAGAAAAAGAAGGAGAAAAAGAAAAAGAAAGCUAAUAGUCCAAACAACAAUGAAAAAGACACGUCUCCCCAAAGAUCUCCAAAGUCUGUUGUCACGCAAGGCACUACUUUGUCACAAAAUUCUAUUACACCGACAAAAUCUCAAAAUAAUACGACCGAAAAGAGAAUUAUGACCAAUGUUUCUAAUACAGUAUCCGUAUCCGCAACCUCUGCGACAAUGAGUUCUAGAUCUUCGACUGUGAAUUGUGGUGAACGUAAAUUGAAAGGUCAACUGGUAUUUGAAUCGUCGAGGCAUCCUGCCGAUAGAGAAGACUUUGAAGCAACUGGCAAUGAAACAUAUAUGCCUGGUAAAGGCAAAAAAACUUAUAAUAAUCAAUAUGAUGGCGACGCGUUGAAUACUUCUACGAAGUCAAACAACACAACCAGUCCUAAGCAAGCAGGCAAACGUGAAGAAGGCUGGAAAGAAGUUGUACGAAAGGGACAGUCGGAUGAUUCUGGGAGAUUUAUGAAUUCACCAUUCCGUUCAAAAAAAGUAUCUGUUCCACCAAAUGCUAUUAGUCGAGUUAUCGGAAGAGGUGGAAGUAAUAUAAAUGCUAUUAGAGGUGCAACAGGAGCGCAUAUCGAAGUUGAAAAACAAAGCAAAUGCCAGGGCGAACGAAUUAUUACUAUUAAAGGAUCGUCCGAUGCGACAAAACAGGCUCAUACAUUAAUAGCUGCUCUCAUUAAAGAUCCAGAUGUUGAUAUAUUGCAAAUGCUUCCAAAAUCGAAACUCACAGUUGUUACUACUUCCUCUUGGGAUAAAACCGUAUCUACUGUAGCUUCGAGCAAAGCAAAGUUGGGUCCUGUAAAUAAACCUCCAAGUCUAACGUCUAGUUCCAGUAGUACGCAAAUUAAUAAAUCUAGUUACACAUCCGGAGUUUCUACCGUUAAUCAGUUGAUUCCACUUCGAUCGUCGUCAACCAUUAAACUUGCUGGACCAUUUCCAACGCCUUUACCACGCGCAACGGCACCCAGACUUGUGGCUGCGGCUGAAAAACGAGCUCAAGCUGUGGCAGCCCAGAUGGCUUCGUCAUCAAACACGAAGACAACAAUGUCAUAUACGAGUGCAAUUAUGACUGCUGGAAGAGCAACAAAAAUUGUAACGACAAGUACCACGCAAACGUUUGCAGCAAAGUUAUCCGAAAUCACUGCCUCAACGCAUACAUCUACUACCGUCAUGCAGUCUACUCAUACUACGGUAAACAAGCAAAAAUCGUUGCAAGCAAAUUCGGUGACUGUUGUAUCAGCUACAGCUGCGGCAAUGGCUCAGAGUUCGUCUCAACAGUCUGCAGUCAAUACAUCGCCAAAACACUGCCGACCACUGCCUACUUUGUCUGCACCACCAACUAUGGUCUCCCAUUAUUCCGGAAAGUCUACUUACUCUCCUGGCUCGAACGUGGCAGUAUCACCGGCAACAAGCACUGUGGUUGCGUACUGCUCGGAAAGUACCGUCACUUCGACUUGUUCGAACUCCUCGAUACGAGUCAGUCCGUCACCCCCGAUAUCAUCGCAAUGUCAACAACAGUUGCAACAGCAGCAACAGCAAGCACGUAGUCCACCACCUAUUGCAUCGACAAUUCAAGAGCAACAGCAACAGCAGCAACAACAACAACAGCAGACGAAUAAUACACCUCUCGAAUAUUCCCUAUUCAAUGAUACGUUUACGAAAGUUACACAACAAUCCAUGUGGGGUAGUCGAGAAAAUGAAUCUCAGAAGGGUAUGAAUUUCGCGACUGUAGCUGGUGGUGGUGGAGUGUCCGUUAACAUUUCGGGUUCAUCCUCGUCUAAAUUCAUCGACAGCAUACCCCCUCAGGUGGAUGCUUCGAAAGCUCCUGGAUAUCGAGGGACAGCUAUGUGCUCCCCCGUUUCAAGUAAAUCAAACAAUACAACUAAUACGAACGCGACUAGCAUAGGAAGCGGAGGUGUAUCAUCGAAUGCUGGGCACAAUCCUAUUCAACCACCGCAAUUUCAGUCGUCCGGAAAUUAUAAUGAACAUCCUCUUUCAAGCAAACCACCAGGUAGUUUGGCUGUAGCGCGGCCGGUAAUUCCUCAGCAAAAUAUAGAAAUGGGAGCAGCUAUGGGAGCUCAGUUUAGUAGACCAGUGUUUCAAGGGGAAUUGACAGGAACUCGAAAUACGACAACCCAUCAGCCACACGUGAUUGCCUCUACAUCACAACCGACAUUGGACGUGGGUUUGUUUAAAGGAAACAACAUCGGCUAUGAGCAUCCAAACGUGAAUUCAAGUUUAUUAAAGAUGGUGCCAAACGAAGGACAGGGUCAUCCGCUUUUACCUUUUCACCCGCAUAUGCAGAAUUUCGCGCAAACAAUAGCGCCAUCUGCUUCGGUGAACACUACAGUCAGUAUGUCCAGAUUAAACCCCAGAGCACCUGACUUUUCUAGCUCGUUACAUUUGAAUAGCAAACCUCAAGUGACAAUGUUUAACGCGGGUUCGGCAGCGGCAGGAAUGCAUCCAAACAUGUUCGCCACUGUACCGCCGCCUCCUCCGUCCGCGAUUCAGUCUAAUAACCUGGCAAUGCUUGGAAAUUUUCCUUUAGGAAAAUAUCAGGCACCCUCUCGAGCCACUCCAGGCAAUACCGGAAUCUCGACUAACGGGCAAACUCGUUGGCCGUUUGCUCCACCGCACAAUAAUUACCCGCCCCAUCAAGAUCCAAUGAUAGGCCAAAUUGGUUUCUCCAAUCAUUUGGCAAAUUUAACCGCACAACCUGGAAGCAUUGAUUUGAUUACAAGCCUAGAGAAUGGCGGUUCACCAGCUAUAUCACCUUCUUCGCCGGCACAGGUAGCUCAGGAAAUGAAUCAGCUUAAGAUCGAGGAUCGUAAAGUACCACGACCCAUCGGUACGGAAAGAGCCUGGAAAAAUUACGCAACGGCAGGGAUGGGACCCGGAGGUGAUGCUGAUUCCAUUAAUUGGAUGUUGAACAAUGAAAAGCUUGUCGGAUCUUGGGCGAAUUUGGCGCCGGGCAUAGACAGACACCAAAUGUUCCGAUCUAACGCUACUUACAAUCGUAUAUCCAACGUCGAUGCCGAACUUCAUCACAUGAUGGAAUCUUCAUUCCAGGGUCACGUUGACACUCAGCAGCAGCCAUUUCCCAAUGGAAGCGCGACCACUCUAUCUCUAAUGCCAGGAUUAACCUUAUUGCCGGGACAGUUUGGUACGCCUACAUUGACAGAAAUUCCUCCGAACGAAGCAAACAAAAUGGAUCCACCAGCAUGGGGAAUACCAGAUACUGUACAAGACAAGCAACAUCCGGCAUGGAAUAAAUGGACUCAUUAAAAAGAAAAGACAGAAAGAGGGAGAAAUUCUUACCUGGAUGAAAUGAAAUAAAACCUGGAAUUCGAAGUAGUAAAUAGAUGUAACUGGAAUACGAAGCAUUGUUUUUAGAUACUUAAAUUACAUUAUUAUCCUAAUUGUAUCCAUUGCGACACAGAUUCGAUAUUAUUUGUCAUGUUAGGUGAUAAGGCGGUAAAUCCUUACAACUUACUACUAUUUGUCUAGUAUAAUCAUGCAAUACAAGCAAUUAUCAAAUACGAUAUGGAAAUGUUAGAAAGAAAAAAGGAAAAGAUAGUCAGGUGAGAUUGAAACAGAACAAAAGAUGUUUGUUACUUGUUUCUAAUUCAUUUUUGAUCGUACUUCGACCACGCUACUUCUGUACUCCAGGAUUAUUCUGUAACCAAUUUUUUAACAUAUGAAAUAUUGAGGACAGUUUACGAAUCUUCUUCCUAUGCUGAUCGUUACCGCGGAUGGAUCAAUUUGUCCAAGUUACGAGACUCAAACUUUACGAUAUUUGAUAGACAUUCGUCAUAAUAAAUUCAAAUGCGCAUAUGAUAAGUA